CCGUUUCCAAACAAUACUCAGGAAAAAGCCACGUUGACGUCCCAGGCUGAAGUGUAGUCCACAUUUUGAGGCAGAAUAAAGCAGGAAUUUAGUUUGUCGGACGCUCUCGGAUCCUCUCCGCUGCAGACUCCACAUCAGUGCAGACAUGUCGUCGCCGCCGAAGGAGAAAGUGGAAACCAAAGGAGGACAUGCCCCUGCAGUAAAAGCAGGAGGUAUGAGGAUAGUGCAGAAGCACCCUCAGGCCGCUGCUCCCGAGCCACCGCAGAAAGAUGAGGAUGAAGAGGAGUACGUCAGCAGCAGUCCACCAAGGGCCCCUAUGAUUGUGUCUGGAGUGGUGACAAAGGGUGAUAAGGACUUCACCCCUGCAGCCGCCCAGGUGGCUCAUCAGAAGCCCCAGCCUUGUGUCCCCAAGCCUCCCACCAACCAGCACAUCAAACAUCACAUCCAGCAGCCACGCAAGUGAACUAGGCAGCAGGCUACGAAAGGCGACGCUAACUCCACCAGCCGGCCUUCCCAAUGGAACACAUAGGAUGAAGACGUUUCCCCACCAGGCACAGAUCUCCUCAAAAUAAUCAGAGUAGUUUUUCAUAGCUUGUUGCAUUAUAUUUAUCAGCAGCAGAUACCCUAAUGCAAAGACAGCCAUUGUAGAAGUCCCGCUCUCUACACCGCCGCUGCUUUAAUGCGGCACUAUUACUUCUGCACUUUUGUAUCUUCUCCUUAAGAGGGAUUAUUUUGACAAUUGUAUAGUCUUAAGUGGUAUAAAUGAGUGGACGGGCUUCUAAAAUGGCUGUCAUUCCAGGAUUAAACAAUAAAGGAGUCAUCUCAGAUCUGAGUCUGGUGGGGGGAACUCUCACCCCCAGCAAUGUGCCGACCAAUCACAGCAACCAGCCAAUCACAGCAACCUAUCAAUCAGGCCAACUAACCAACCAAUCACCUCGCAGUGAUGAGCCUCAGCUCCAGCCUUCUACCUACGAUCUUCACAGACCAAAAGAACCAAUCGACAAAUCAUGAGGUGGACGCCACUUUUACAUCUUCACCACAAACCAAAAAGAAACCCAGAGAGCAGCUUCUAAAUUGCGAAAGUCAAUUUGGUGUGUGUAUCACCACUGAGGGUGUUGCCAAAUUGCACGGAUACAGCAUGGACCAGAGGGAGUUAGAGUAGCCAAUUAAAUGACAGCAUUAACCAAAUUUUAGCGGCAACUUUGACAAGCAUUCCAUUCGGCCAUUUCAAUAUUAUAGAUGCCAAGUAACGAGAACCAAUUAGAUGCAAAACAUGACCCAUUUCCCUGUAAUUAUGGCUGUCAUAAAUAGCUACUUGAUGCAUGUCGUUAGUGUUAUAACUCAAGAUGGCUAGCUAAUUAAGCUUUUGGGCCACAGCAAUAUAUAUUUAGCUUCUGCACAAGCUUCCUCCUGUGUCAGUGUUCGUACCUUGUAUUUAUCAGAGAGGAGUCUCACUGAUCUACUCUCCAUUUAUGCCUGUAAUAAGGUCUGUCCUUCGCUGGCAAGUUUGAAUGCAACCUGAAUAUGCUUCACAGGAAAAUAAAAUCUCCCAUUAGUGCCUCAUUGCUUAGAUUUCAGGAUUUUCUGUCGCAUUUGAGUUGCAUGGAAUUCAAUUUCAUCUGCUUCCUGCUGGAGUUAACCAGGCUGAAAAUAUAGCCGACAGUGUCAUGUAAAUCUGAAAGAUACUGUGAAGCAGCUGUAGGACGCUUUGUGUUAUCAUUAGCAUUAGCCUGAACAUCACAAUGUUGAACAAAGCAUUGCAGAGAAGUGGCUCAGAAACAAAAGUGAGGCUCUUAACUGUCAGAUGAAGGCAACAAGGUCAUUGCCGUGCAAAAACAUUCCAUAGAAACAAGUUUGUCAGUGUACAAGGAUAGUUCAAGACUGCAGGUAUUGCUCGUUGCAUAUCAGAAAACUGUAUCAGCUCCCAAAAAUCCAGAUCGCCAUUUCCCUAGAAAUUAUACAUAUUUCGAUACACACACAGACACACCACCCUUCUCCUUAAGCACCCAUCCCCUUACACUCAAGUGUCAAUUGUUGCAACACUAACAUUCAGGUUUCCAGGAAUGAAAGAAAGAAAUUUAUCUUGCCAAGAAGGAACGAUUUCCUAUGUUAAUUUAAGUUUGAAAGAGUUUUAUUUUUGUUUUUCUCUGUUCUUUUUCUUGAGAAAAUUGUUCAAAUUGUAUAAAUCUUUAGUCAAUGAGUGGAAUUAGGUAUUAGGUGCGGUUGUGGUAGGAAAUAAAGAUAUAGACUAUCUUGAAAGA